AACCAUUAUCCCGCUACGUCAGGAGUAAUUUAAAUACCGAAGUGCUGUCAUCUUAUAGUCUGGAGGCGGGAAGUGACUGAUGAGCAGAUUAGGGGCCGUCUACUUCGACAUUCCGGCGCCCAGGCACACAUAGUUUUCGUAGAAGUUUGGGGCAUUUCCAGUAGUAGUUCAAUGCCCCAGGUGGUAGUUAACCCGUCCGCUGCGAUUGGCACGGAUUUCGCCUUCACUGGUAGCCUGGUAACAUAUGCUUCCAGGUCUUUCUCUGCCUCUGUGGUGGAUAGCGGCGCGUUUCCCAUGUGGUAUUGGUGUGCUGGAUAUCCCUUCACUGGUAGCCUGGUAACAUACACUCCCAGGUCUUUCUCUGCCUCUGUGGUGGAUAGUGGAGUGUUUCCCAUGUGGUAUUGGUGUGCUGGAUAUCCCUUCACCGGUAUCCUGGUAACAUAUGCUUCCAGGUCUUUCUCUGCCUCUGUGGUGGAUAGUGGAGUGUUUCCCAUGUGGUAUUGGUGUGCUGGAUAUCCCUUCACUGGUAGCCUGGUAACAUACAGUCCCAGGUCUUUCUCUGCCUCUGUGGUGGAUAGUGGAGUGUUUCCCAUGUGGUAUUGGUGUGCUGGAUAUCCCUUCACUGGUAGCCUGGUAACAUACACUCCCAGGUCUUUCUCUGCCUCUGUGGUGGAUAGUGGAGUGUUUCCCAUGUGGUAUUGGUGUGCUGGAUAUCCCUUCACUGGUAGCCUGGUAACAUACACUCCCAGGUCUUUCUCUGCCUCUGUGGUGGAUAGUGGAGUGUUUCCCAUGUGGUAUUGGUGUGCUGGAUAUCCCUUCACUGGUAGCCUGGUAACAUACACUCCCAGGUCUUUCUCUGCCUCUGUGGUGGAUAGUGGAGUGUUUCCCAUGUGGUAUUGGUGUGCUGGAUAUCACCUCACUGGUAGCCUGGUAACAUACACUCCCAGGUCUUUCUCUGCCUCUGUGGUGGAUAGUGGAGUGUUUCCCAUGUGGUAUUGGUGUGCUGGAUAUCCCUUCACUGGUAGCCUGGUAACAUACACUCUCAGGUCUUUCUCUGCCUCUGUGGUGGAUAGUGGAGUGUUUCCCAUGUGGUAUUGGUGUGCUGGAUAUCCCUUCACUGGUAGCCUGGUAACAUACACUCCCAGGUCUUUCUCUGCCUCUGUGGUGGAUAGUGGAGUGUUUCCCAUGUGGUAUUGGUGUGCUGGAUAUCCCUUCACUGGUAGCCUGGUAACAUACACUCCCAGGUCUUUCUCUGCCUCUGUGGUGGAUAGUGGAGUGUUUCCCAUGUGGUAUUGGUAUGCUGGAUAUCCCUUCACUGGUAGCCUGGUAACAUACACUCCCAGGUCUUUCUCUGCCUCUGUGGUGGAUAGUGGAGUGUUUCCCAUGUGGUAUUAGUGUGCUGGAUAUCCCCUCCCAAGAUGGAUGACCUCACAUUUUCCUUCACUGAAUUGUAGCAGCCACUUUUUGUUCCACUCCUGUAGCUUGGUGAUGUCUUCUUGUAGGAAAUCCGCAGCCAGUGGGUUAAGCUCUUCUGUACCCCGAAUCUAAAAAAAACACUUAUUAAAACCCGACUGAGGGAAAUAAAUGAGGUGAGGGUUGGAAGCGUCUGACAAUGCCUUCCUUAUUCACCGGGUCAGCGGGUAACCUCGGAAUAAGCUAAUUGGGUUGCUGUUGCCUGCGCUUCCCUGCUUCCUCUCCCUCCUGCUCUCUGCCUCCCUCCCUCCCUCACAGUCGGCCUUUGAUACGCGCGUCCCUCGAGCUUUAAAUGGUCACCAGUGGAGCC